ACCGAAGGAAGUAGACCAAUUACAACAGUAAACAGACAACACACAAGAAAAGGUGAUAAAAGAUUUUAUGGGAAUAAACCUAGGAAGUUGAUUGAUUUUCGAAUAUUCAGAAACACCCAAAACGUUCUUUGAUGUUAUCAUCCACUUCACAAUCACCCUUGUUUGUUAUUGUUGUGCAGAAACGCUUUCCAUCAUUCCCGCCACAACCUCAUUUCGAAUAUCCUCAUCAAUAUUCGGAACAUCGAAUAGAAAUGGGAAAAAAAAUUGCUUCUUUCUUGUUCAAGAAUCAUCACAACAGACACUGCAAUUUGCCCUUUUCUUGUGUUGCAUUAUGUUGCAAAGAAUAUAUUUUUUGUAUCUUGCUUUUAACCGACGAAGCAGAAUUUGCGAUUCUUCCCUUAGCUUUGCAUUUGGAUAGUAUUUUGAAUUGCCUUUUUCAAGAAUUGUUGAAACUGACAGCUGAAAUUUUCCUGCUUGUGUUGUUGCUCUGCUGCAUUUAAGGAUAACAAUAAUCUGUUUCUGUGAGAUUUUAGUUAGGCAUAUGGCAAUGGCAUCACCAAGUGAAAGGAGCAGUAGUAGUAGAAGCACUACUUCUCUCAUGCCUGGGCGCAUUGUAGUUGCGUGUGAUGCCACUAGAAAUUUCAAUUCUCAGGAAUUCAAGCAAAUUAUUAGUAAUAUCCAAACGCGCCAAAACAUGAUUCAGGAAGUCGAUACCAUUACAGUUCUUGGAGUCUUGCAUAAAGUGCUUCACCCCAUGGGUUUCCAAAUGCAAAUAGGCCCUGAUUCUUUCAUUGGAACACGUGUUCGUGCAAUAAAAGAGGAAGUUACAAGAAUGGUCGAUGCAUAUGCAGGGAAGCUUCAGAAUAGUGCUGAGGAGUGUGAAGGCAGUGGGGUCGUUAUUGAAGUCAAGAUUGUCGUUGGAGCUCCACUAAAAAAUGUUAUUGUACAAGAGGCCAUUGGUUCAAACGCCACGUGGGUUGUUCUUAACAGGCACCUAAGAAAGGAAUUGAAGUUUUACCUUAACAAAAUACCAUGCAAAGUUGCUCAGACCCUUGAUAACUUUUCUCUGAAAAUCUUGAGACCUUUUUAUUCUGACAAAGCUAUGGGUAAUAUCGAGCCCGAGUUGUUUUACUCUCUGUCCAAGCUCGUUUCUGUGAUACCCUCUGAUUAUACUCCGAGCAACGACCAUUCCCUCAUUUCUCCAAUCUACCGCGGAUCUACUAGUUCCCACAGAAGCUCCGGCAGCGACAGGAGCAGCUUUGUAUCAUCCCUUACCUCCAAAUCAAAGGAGCAGAACAUCUUUUCACCAGAUGAAUUCACAUCAAAUUCUCAUCUCGAGAAACCAGUCUCCAUAGGUAUCUAUGCUAAACGUAAAGAACAUGACAGUUCACCCCCGGUGAAGCUAACACAAAGUCUGCAGAGCGAUCCUAGUUUUGCCAUUCCUUGUUCUGCUAAUGGGAUUAUCUCGAGGGAAUGUAAGCAUUCGGAGAUACAGAUUGUAGAAGAAGCUUCUUCGUCUGGUGAUUUACGCAGAGAAGAUACUGAUGAGGAUAGUGCAUCUGAUGAUUCUUACCCGGAAAUAGAAAAGCAAAUAAAUCUGCAGCUGGACUUUCAUGUAUCCCACCAUUCUGCUGCGAUGAAAAUGCACCUGGGUUCAAAAAUAUGGAAUUAUUCUGAGAUACAGACUGCAACGAACGGAUUUUCUUCUGAGAAUCUACUGGGAGAAGAUGGAUAUGGGCUUGUGUAUAAAGGUCUGCUGAAGGAUGGACAGCUUAUUGCUGUAAAAGUGCAAAAGGAAGCCAAUACACAAGGUUAUUUGGAAAAUUAUUUGCAAUUAGGUGUCCUAAGCUUGGCGUGUCACAAGAACGUCGUGAUGCUUCUUGGUUAUUGUCGUAGAGAAAACAUAAAUAUCUUGGUUUAUGAGUACAUCUGCGAUAGAUCGCUGGAGUGGUAUUUAUUUGAUAAUAAAGAACAUGUUCUUGCAUGGCACCAGAGACGAGCUAUUGCCAUUGGAAUUGCGAAAGGGCUGCGUUUUCUGCAUGAAGAGUGUCGUGGAAGCCCUAUUCUUCACCGGGACAUGAGGCCAAGCAACAUAUGUCUCACGCAUGAAUUUAUUCCCUUGCUGGCAGACUGCGGCCUUGUUAAGUGGAACACGAAUGAUCACAACAGACACACAAAAUUUCAAGGAACUCUCGAAUAUCUUGCACCAGAAUAUGCAGAAAACAAUGCUUGUUCUGUGAAAACGGAUGUCUUUGCAUUCGGGAUUAUUUUGAUACAGCUGAUAUCAGGAUGCAAAUGUCCUGAUUCAACGAAAGACAGCCCUCCCCAGUCCCUUAGAGAGUGGGCUAUGCCAUUGAUCGAGAUGCUGAAACUAGAUGAGCUUGUUGAUCCUCGUCUUGGGGACUCAUAUGGCAUGUACGAACUGUACCAAAUGGCUAGAGUGGCAUACUUGUGCGUUCAGACAGAGCCCGCUAUGCGUCCAACAGCGGGAGAAGUCUUGCUCAUUCUUGAGGGCGAAAACGAGCAUCUAGACCAGCUCACGGAGCAACUUAUACCAGUUCCUAACAACGUGCAGAGACGGGUCUACCCUCAGGUCCUCAAGGUUUGAUUGUGAGACAAACCCCACCAAAUAUCAACCUAUCAAUGAGAGCCUUAAGAUUUGAGGAUAGAAUAAAAACCAUGCUAGGUUUAGACAAGUUGGCAAUUGAGAGAGUUAUUGAUCUUUCAAAUAGAGAUGAGCUUCAUCAUCAACCAGGUUCAAGAAGCGAGAAUGUUGUCUUAAAAUCUUUUGUUGUUACACGAAUUUUGGGCGUUUUAACAUUGUUUUAUGUGUGUGUUUUUCUGGCAGCUUAACUAAGUCGACUAGCUGGAGUGACCUUUUCUUUCUUUUGAGUGUGUGUGUGUGUUUGUGCAGAAUUUCAUUUUUACCUUAUUGUUGAGGAUUGUUUGUAUUUAUGGAUACUGUUACUGAUAGGUUAAACUCAAGUUUGUUACUAUUAUAAAGAUGAUAUUUGAUGCUUGUUGUAAGAAUCAGAGUUCUAUAUGUGCAGCAUGGAUUUUAAC